GAAUGUUUUUACGAAGCUAAAUUUUGUGCUGCUUGUACUGUAACUCUAAUACUUUUUGCAAACAUGUGAAAAUAUAACGUUACUUAUUUUAUUUUACAGUCCAAACAUAUGAAGGUAACUUAUACAAAACAAAAUGGCUCAUUCCACACACAGACCGGAUAUUUUUCGUUGGAAAACGACAAAGACUAAAACGUCAGGCAAUAAUAAGGUGCAGCUUGAUGAUAAUGACAUAAAACAGUGGGUAAAGCGGGUGGAAAGGGCUUCAGAGUUUGCUGUAUCUGAAGUGUUUUCAUUGAAGAAACCCCAUAAUGGUAAAAAGAUUAUGCCACUGCAGAGUGUAGAGCAGCUACAGGAUCAUGAUGAUGCGUACAGCGAAGCUCAGUCUAUUUUAAGUGAAUGGAUGAACCAGAAGUUACGGCUGGAGCUUGAAAUGGAUGAUGACGACGAGGAGGAAGAAGAGAUCAGUUCCAGUACAAUGGAGGAUUCAGAAUCCAAACAACUUAUUAAGAACACAGAGUCCAGCUAUAAUAACUUUGAUGACUUGUACUUUCAACUAGAGCAGGAGGAGGAGAACUCUGUAGUGCAUCAUUUCCUCCAGGAUUUGAUGGAAACUGAGGUGUUGGACUUUGGGAUGGUGGAGAACCUCAAAGAGGACUCUGAUCAGAGUAAGAAAAGGUGGAGGGACCCUAGCCUGACCAUGGAGGUGCGGCACAAACAGGUAAAAGAGAACCGCAUGCGCAGAGAUGCAGAGCAUGAAAAACUGCGCAAAGAAAAAGAAGUGCUAAAGGAGGCGAGACAAGAAGUGCGGCAAAUGGAACAGGAGAAACAGCGAAAGAAGAGACAGGAGGCUCAGCGGCAGGAGGAACUGAUACAGCAGGAGAUGAUUCGCUUGCGCAGGGAGAUGGAGAAGAAAAGGAAUGUAGAGCAGCUGGCACGAAACAUGGAAAGAGAAAGGCUUCAGCAACAAAAGGCCACUAAGAGCUCUGUUAUUCCAAAACAUCAUAAUCCAACACAGAACAAAGAGCUUCAGCUCAAGCUGAAAAACCUAGAGGCUAAAAUUCACCUCCUAAACCUGCAGCGCAUGCAAAAACAUUUUUCUGCAUGGUACUCUAUGAUACUGGAAAGAAGGGUACGAAUGGGCAAGGCAGCAGCGCUGUGUGAUUGGAGGAGGCAGCUGAGGGCAUGGAGGGCCUGGAGAGCUCUGGUUUGGGCCAGAAGAGAGAAGAAAGAGGCUGAGAAGACUGAAGAAGAGCUGAGACAUGAGCACAGGCGCUGUCAGCAGGCACUGGAAAGCGACCGUAGGAGGCUUUUGAGGCGCUGCUUCAGUGAUUGGCGUGUGUGGUGUCAGGUAGAAUGUCACCGCAAGGAACUUCUCCAACAACAAGAAGAAACGAGAUGCAAAAUGGCAGCCUUGAUUAAUUCUGCUGCUUCUGGAAAACUUAGAGCAGUAAAAUCUCCUUCAAGUACAAACCAUCCUGAAACACCUUGUCCUACAGAAAACAUCAGCCUUCAGGAAGGGCCAGCAACCCCAGACAGCGGUUCAUCCACUGCUCAAGUCACUAACAGCAGUGGCCGCUCAGAGGCUCAGCUCACUCAGGCCUGGCAGGUGACACGUCGUCAUGCUGCUCUCUCAAUGGCUGAGCUCCGCCGGGCUCGUCAGACCCAGCAGAGCAGCAGAAGCAGAGGUGCAGAGCUCAGUGGUGGACAGUUCAAACACAGACACGCGGCCCUGCAGCAGACCGUUGCUGAGCAGAGACGCCUGCUGAAGGAGCAGCAAGAGCAGAUUCUGCUUCUGCAGGAGAGACAGAACAUCCUGGAGCUCAGACGUGCAGAGGAGAAAAUGGCUCUGAUAGCAACAGGUUCCCCUGAAGUCGUGAGCACAUGCUGUCAGUCUAAAAUUAACAAAGAAACAACAACUGGAUGUGCAGAGAAACCAAGAACAAAGAGAGACUCGAGGGAAAGCGCCGACCAAAAAUCAUCUGUGCAUCGAGCGCCGCUUCCCCAUCCCACAGUACAAGCCAUGGAGGAGCGAGCACGUCUGCGCGCUGAACGCAGGAAAGAGAUGGAGGAGCUGAGGAGACACAAGCAGGAGGAGAAACUAGCUCAAAUGAAGGCCGCUGAGGAGGAAAGACUGAGAGCUGAGGAAGAGGAGAAACAAAGGGAGGUGGAGAGGAAGAAGGAAGAGAAGAGGCAACAGAAGAAGAGAGAGCUUGAGAAGCAGAAGAGAGUCGAGCACGAACAGGAGCAGUCAAAGCGGGCGACUCAACACUACCUCACAACCCUGUUACUGCACCGCGGCCUGACACCCUGGAGACGCCUGCUGGAGCAAAGCCAUGCCAACACACAGAGAGCGGAGGAUCAUUACACACACACUUUGCAGAGACGCUGUUUGUGUGUUUGGCGGCGGUGUGUGUUCGAGGUGCAGGCAGAGAGAGAGGCCAGUGCCUGUCUGAUGUACCAGCGCAUCCUGCUACAGAGGACUCUGAAGAGCUGGAGGAGGUUAAAAGAUGUGCGCUUUAUACUGGAAGCACGAGCCGAGCAUUUCUACAAGACAAACAUUCAGAGGAAAAUGUUGACAGCACUGCUGGAUCACAUGACAGAAGAGAGGAUAACAGCCUGGGAUGAUGAGCAGCGGGCACAACAACACAACAACAGGAGAGCUGUCAGGAAGUGUUUCUCUGGCUGGACGCGUCUUCCUGUGGUGCUGCGAGAGGAGAGAGAGCGAGAGGAGCGCAGAGAGCAGCUCAGACGGAAAGUAGCAGAGAUUCUGCCCGACUUCCGCUCUUCCCCUAUGGACUCCCUGUGGCGCUAAAGUAAAUCCUUUUCAACCGCAUACAUCCGAGCUGUACGGGACUUGAUCAAAUGACAAUCAACACAUCUGCAGCUUGAUGAGCCGCUGCGUUUAAGCUCGUUCAUGCUCAUUUAUUUUUACACACUACAGUUGAAAUGAACAACUUGUAGAAUGAAGUGCAUUACAUUAUCAAGCAGAGACAAACAAACAAACAAACAAACAGACAUCUGGAUUUUGAAGAGCUGUGCUUAAAAGGCUUCCAUUUUUGAAUUUGAUUUAAAUAAGAUGCGAUCAUUUGUGCAUAGAUCUGUCGCCGUCGUAAGCAUAUAAACACACAAACACUAACAACAAACAUGAAGCACGAUAUAAAAGAUUCAUUCUGGGAUGACAGUUGUAAAGCUGUGUGCUGUCAGGAUGGAGAGGUUGCAUCACUUCUGAUGUCCUGAAAAGGCUUUAAAUAAAGCCUGAUACUGAAUGUGCGACACACUGUGGACUUUGGAGAAGAAAUAUUAGAUGGUACAAUCCAUUAUUGAUCAAACUAGCUGUGAAUCACAACAGAAAUAUUUUUUUAGAAAAAAAUAUAUUGGUGACAGUUAUCUGUGCUGUUCAUAAAUAAAGUUUUGUUCA